CCCAAGCUUCCCCUGCAGAAGCCGCGCUCCCCACUCGGUUCGGGGAUAGAGGGGGCGCGAGAGAGCAAGUGGGCGGACGUCCCAUCCUCCGCAUCCACCUCCAGGUCCUGGCGCGCAGGGUGGGAGCGCUGCGCGCCUCCGCGCUGCGCAUCGCGGCCCGCUUGCCGCCUGCCCCCUGCCCUAGCUGGGCCGCCUCCCCGGGCUGCCGGUGGAGGGCUACAAGGCGCUAACGUUACGCUGUUUCCGGUUUUCCAGCGGGCUCUGGUUUCCCCUCCCAAGGCGGCGGCGGCGGCGGAGCGGCGGAGCCCCCCAAAUGGCCUGGCCAGAUGCGGCAGGUUUGUUGCUCAGCGCUGCCGCCGCCGCCACUGGAGAAGGCUCGGUGCAGCAGCUACAGCGACAGCAGCAGCAGCGAGAGGAGCAGCAGCGGCAGCAGCGGCGGCGAGAGCAGCAGCAGCAGGAGCAGCAGCAGCGACAGCAACAGCGGCAUCUCUCGUCCCGCUGCGCCCCCAGAGCCGCGGCCGUCGCAACAGCCGCAGCCCCGCAGCCCCGCAGCCCGGAGAGCCGCCGCCCGCUCGCGAGCCGCAGCCGCCGGCGGCAUGAGGCGCGACCCGGCCCCCGGCUUCUCUAUGCUGCUCUUCGGUGUGUCGCUCGCCUGCUACUCGCCUAGCCUCAAGUCGGUGCAGGACCAGGCGUACAAGGCACCCGUGGUGGUGGAGGGCAAGGUACAGGGGCUGGCCCCGGCCGGCGGCUCCAGCUCCAACAGCACCCGUGAGCCGCCCGCCUCGGGUCGGGUGGCACUGGUGAAGGUGCUGGACAAGUGGCCGCUCCGGAGCGGGGGACUGCAGCGCGAGCAGGUGAUCAGCGUGGGCUCCUGUGCGCCGCUCGAAAGGAACCAGCGCUACAUCUUUUUCCUGGAGCCCACGGAGCAGCCCUUAGUCUUUAAGACAGCCUUUGCCCCUCUUGACACCAACAGCAAAAACCUCAAGAAAGAGGUGGGCAAGAUCCUGUGCACUGAUUGCGCCACCCGGCCCAAGCUGAAGAAGAUGAAGAGCCAGACGGGACAGGUGGGUGAGAAGCAAUCACUGAAGUGUGAGGCAGCAGCCGGUAACCCCCAGCCCUCCUACCGCUGGUUCAAGGACGGCAAGGAGCUCAACCGCAGCCGCGACAUUCGCAUCAAGUACGGCAAUGGCAGAAAGAACUCACGACUACAGUUCAACAAGGUGAAGGUGGAGGACGCUGGGGAGUACGUCUGCGAGGCUGAGAACAUCCUGGGGAAGGACACCGUCAGGGGCCGGCUCUUCGUCAACAGCGUGAGCACUACCCUAUCAUCCUGGUCGGGGCACGCCCGCAAGUGCAACGAGACAGCCAAGUCCUAUUGUGUCAACGGAGGCGUCUGUUACUACAUCGAGGGCAUCAACCAGCUCUCCUGCAAGUGUCCUGUGGGAUACACCGGGGACAGGUGUCAGCAGUUCGCAAUGGUCAACUUCUCCAAGCACCUUGGAUUUGAACUAAAGGAAGCCGAGGAGCUGUACCAGAAAAGGGUCCUGACUAUCACCGGCAUUUGCGUGGCUCUGCUGGUCGUGGGCAUCGUCUGCGUGGUCGCCUACUGCAAGACCAAAAAACAGCGAAAGCAGAUGCAUAACCACCUUCGACAGAACAUGUGUCCAGCCCACCAGAACCGGAGCUUGGCCAAUGGGCCCAGCCACCCCCGGCUGGACCCUGAGGAGAUCCAGAUGGCAGACUAUAUCUCCAAGAAUGUGCCAGCCACAGACCAUGUCAUCCGGAGGGAAACGGAGACCACCUUCUCCGGGAGCCACUCCUGUUCUCCUUCUCACCACUGCUCCACAGCCACGCCCACCUCCAGCCACAGGCAUGAGAGCCACACGUGGAGCCUGGAACAUUCUGAGAGCCUGACCUCCGACUCCCAGUCGGGCAUCAUGCUGUCAUCAGUGGGCACCAGCAAGUGCAACAGCCCAGCGUGUGUGGAGGCGCGGGCACGGCGGGCGGCAGCCUACAGCCUAGAGGAGCAGCGCAGGGCUGCUGUGCCACCUUACCACGACUCCAUAGACUCCCUGCGUGACUCCCCACACAGCGAGAGGUAUGUGUCGGCCCUGACCACGCCCGCGCGCCUCUCUCCCGUGGACUUCCAUUACUCGCUGGCCACGCAGGUGCCGACUUUCGAGAUCACGUCCCCCAACUCGGCGCACGCCGUGUCGCUGCCGCCCGCCGCGCCCAUCAGCUACCGCCUGGCGGAGCAGCAGCCGCUCCUGCGGCACCCGGCGCCCCCCGGCCCCGGUCCAGGGCCCGGGACCGAUGCGGACAUGCAGCGCAGCUACGACAGCUACUACUACCCCGCGGCGGGACCGGGGCCGCGGCGCGGGGCCUGCGCCCUAGGCGGCAGCCUGGGCAGUCUGCCCGCCAGCCCUUUCCGCAUCCCCGAGGACGACGAGUACGAGACCACGCAGGAGUGCGCGCCCCCGCCGCCGCCGCGGCCGCGCGCCCGCGGCGCGUCCCGUAGGACGUCAGCUGGGCCCCGGCGCUGGCGCCGCUCGCGCCUCAACGGGCUGGCGGCGCAACGCGCACGCGCGGCGCGGGACUCGCUGUCGCUGAGCAGCGGCUCGGGAGGCGGCUCGGCUUCCGCCUCGGACGACGAAGCGGACGACGCGGACGGGGCGCUAGCGGCCGAGAGCACGCCUUUCCUCAGCCUGCGUGCGGCGCACGACGCGCUGCGCUCGGACUCGCCGCCGCUCUGCCCGGCGGCCGACAGCAGGACUUACUACUCCCUGGACAGCCACAGCACGCGGGCCAGCAGCAGACACAGCCGCGGGCCGCCCCCGCGGGCCAAGCAGGACUCGGGGCCCCUCUAGGGCCCCUCCCGCCCCCUCCGCCUCGCCCGCCCCACUGUCUUUAAGGAGAACAGAGACCGCCGACUGGAGAGAGAAAGGAGGAAAAAAAAGAAAUAAAAAUAUUUUUAUUUUCUAUAAAAGGAAAAAGGUAUAACAAAAUGUUUUAUUUUCAUUUUAGCAAAAAUUGUCUUAUAAUACUAGCUAACGGCAAAGACGUUUUUAUAGGGAAACUAUUUAUAUGUGACAUCCUGAUUUACAGCUUCGGAAAAAAAAAAAAAGAAACAACAAAAAAAAGAGAGAUGGGCCAAUUUUUUGACUCUUUAAUAGAAACCUAUAUUGUGGUGCCUUUUGCUGUACGCUAAUCUGGAGCUCCUGGAGAGAAGUCUGGGUUGCGGGGUGGGGGAAUGUAGGAUCCCAAGCUGGCGGGGGUCGUGGGAGGUGGUGGUGGCGAGAGAAAGCAGGAGAGAAGAGGCUGCCGGAUUGGGUUCAGGUGGGCGCAAGGCUGGGGGCCCCAAGGAACGACAUGAGGUCCGGAGUAGCUUUGCCCCAGUGCAAGAUCUGGAGUCCUGGGCCCCCUGAGGAGAGGGCGGGGAUCCUAGGUUUGGAGCUAGAGUUGGGGUCAGGUAACGUCCAGGGGGAGACUAAGGCCCAGCGACAGCAACCAGAAUGGGGAGGGGGCCUCCCCGCUCCUCACAGCUGCUAAGGGAGGGGGGCACUGAGAAAGAGGUCUUCCCAACAGCCUCGGCCCGGGGAGGGGGCAGCUCUGCCAGGACCCCAAUGUUUGUGGCUCCUCCUCCCCUAUGGCCUCCAGGACGCCUCUCCGUCCUCUGCAGCACCUUCGUUUACAGGUCGUCUUUUCUAUUUUAUGCCUGCAUGUCCUUUGCAUUUCAGAUUCUUUAGAUUGGAUGCAUGGUCACGCUGGGACCGAGAAGAGCCACUCGACAGUGUAUUUGAUUCCCCUCUUAGCAAUAAAGUAACACCAUUUUCUUCUCACAGCCCAACUCCCAGCCCCUAGCCCACCUAUGACUUCCACUCCCUCUCCAGCCCUGACCUCCCCACCCCCCAAAACUGGGUCCACUGCUAAUUUGUCAAAAAAGUAAUUGUUUAAAAAAAAUAAUCCUAAACAAAUGGGAAACCUGCCCCUUGAAAUGUCCAAACACCUGACUGUUGACACUUGAACAUUUUUAUAUUAUAAAUAAAAUCAGAAAUAACUCA